AUGGCUUCCAUAUCCAAGCUCUCAAAUCCCACCCCCACUUAUUUAGCACCCUCGUUUGCGUCAAGGUAUUCAGUUCCCAAGUCUUUUGUUGAUUUGCGUUUAAAAACUUCUUUCCAAACAGGACUUUCAGCCUCUAGCUUGUCGGUCAGCAGUAACCAUCCUUUAAGGCGUUCCUUAAUAGAACUUGUAGAAGCUGGAAAAGACAUAGAAAGUGCAUACUGGGAACUUGUGGUGAAGGACAUCCAAGAUGCAUGCAAAUUUUUUGAGCCAAUCUAUGAUCAAAUGGAUGGUGGUGAUGGCUAUGUUUCUGUUGAAGUUUCACCCAGACUCGCUGAUGAUACUGAUGGGACAGUAGCGGCUGCAAAAUGGCUUCAUAAAAAGGUUGAUCGUCCCAAUGUGUACAUAAAAAUUCCUGCUACAGCUGCAUGCAUUCCUUCAAUCAAGGAAGUCAUCUCACAUGGCAUAAGCGUCAAUGUAACUCUUAUAUUCUCUCUUGCAAGAUAUGAAGCCGUCAUUGAUGCUUACUUGGAUGGCCUUGAGGCUUCUGGGCUAAGUGACCUCUCCAGAGUUACUAGUGUUGCCUCCUUCUUCGUUAGUCGAGUAGACACACUUGUUGACAAGAUGCUUGAAAAGAUUGGUACUCCAGAGGCUCUUGAUCUCCGGGGAAAGGCUGCAAAUGCUCAAGCAGCUCUCGCUUACCAGCUUUACCAGAAAAAAUUCUCUGGUCCAAGAUGGGAGGGUCUGGUGAAGAAAGGUGCUAAGAAGCAGAGGCUGCUGUGGGCCUCUACCAGUGUCAAGAAUCCAGCCUACCCUGAUACUCUAUAUGUGACUCCUCUAGUUGGACCUGGCACGGUUUCAACCAUGCCUGAUCAAGCUCUCCAAGCAUUUAUUGACCAUGGUACAGUUGCAAGGACAAUAGAUUUGAAUGUAUCUGAAGCAGAAGGCAUUUAUAAUGCCCUAGAGAAGUUGGGGAUUGACUGGAGCCAUGUUGGCUCCCAGCUUGAACUUGAAGGAGUGGAUGCUUUCAAAAAGAGUUUUGACAGCCUGCUCGAUAGUCUUCAGGAGAAGGCAAACUCUCUUAAACUAGUCAGCCUAUAA